CAACAGAGCUCGACCAAUCAAAAGCGACUAUCCUCGCCGCUGUUUCUUCCUGGCCGCUCAGAGUCUAAACUACGCUAUGAAGUUGUGAUUGUGAAACAGUCUUUGCUUUAUGUUUUUUCGAAUCGGACAAACCUCCAGCUAUUGUCCCCAAACCAACUGCGGUAAAUUCCGUUUUUUGAUUGUGUUCUAACCGGAAACUCCUGCAGAGAUGUCCAACAACGGCGGAUCGGCUGUCGGCCUUCUGUCCUACGAGACGUUGGUUCAUGCGGUGGCAGGUGCGACGGGGAGUGUGACGGCCAUGAGCGUCUUCUUCCCUCUGGACACGGCUAAAAGCAGACUGCAGGUGGAUGAGAAGCGGAGGUCCCGCUCUACUCCGGUCAUUCUGGCUGAGAUCGCAAAGGAAGAAGGCUUCCUAUCUCUGUACAGAGGCUGGUUUCCAGUAAUCUCCAGCCUCUGCUGCUCCAACUUUGUUUACUUCUACACCUUCAAUGCACUGAAGAAAGUGGCAGCAUCUGGAGCAGGAAAACCCAGACCAAGCAGAGACCUGCUGAUGGGAGUUGUUGCUGGGGUUGUGAACGUGCUCACGACCACUCCCAUGUGGGUGGUCAACACUCGGCUGAAGCUGCAGGGGGUGAAAUUCAGAAACGAGGACCUGCAUCAGACCCAUUACAGGGGCAUAUUUGAUGCUUUCUCACAGAUCAUUGCCAACGAAGGAGUAGGAACUCUGUGGAACGGCACUCUGCCGUCUCUCAUCCUCGUCCUCAACCCGGCCGUGCAGUUUAUGUUUUAUGAAGCCUUGAAGAGGAAAGCAGGAAAAGGAGGGAGGAGGAUAUCCUCAGGACAGAUUUUUCUUAUUGGAGCCAUUGCCAAGGCCAUCGCUACCACGGCAACAUAUCCUUUACAGACAGUUCAAGCCAUCCUGAGGUUCGGCCAGUACAAAGGUGACGGUAAAGGUGGUUUGAUGGGCAGCCUCUCCAACAUUUUCUUCCUCUUCAUGGACAGAAUCAAAAAUCACGGCUUUCUGGGUCUGUACAAAGGCCUGGAGGCGAAGCUGCUGCAGACUGUGCUCACCGCCGCCCUCAUGUUUGUCAUCUACGAGAAGAUCACUGCUGCUACUUUCAAAGUCAUGGGCCUGAAUCAGAAAAUGAAGCACUGAGAGCCACUGUUCGGAUGGUUAAUUGCACUUUUCAGCAGAUCAGGCCGUGGUGUGCAGUGAGUAAUGCUUGUCGAAGCCUAAAGCAUGUUCGAAUAAGAGUUUUAAGGCCAGACACUCAAAACCAGGGCAUUACCUUAACGCCUUUGAUCUGUGCUAACGUUCCUUCUUUUUGUCUGUUUCCAUAAAUCUUUUUGUAACUGGGUAUUUUAAAGAGCUCAAAAACAGGAGGUUACACUGCAUUUACUUAACCAGUAAAGUCGCUUAUUCCGAAAUUCAAGACCUUUUUAUUUAAGAAAUGUAAACUGCACUGAUUUAAACUUAAAUAUUUUGAUUCAACUUUGGUUUGUGAUGAGAUCGAUGAUUUCAUCCUCAAAGCACAUAAACUCUUAAAUCUGAACUGCAGCACGAUAGCCUGAUGUAAGAGAGAUCUAACUUGUCAGCCAGUUCAUGUAACUUGAAUCGAGUUCAACAUUUACAUACAAGUAAAAUUAUUUAAGAUGUGUAUCAAAAGCUACAUUUGAUUCCUAGUGGAUCUUAAAUUGUAGCAUGAAUAUGUUUCACUGUGACCGAUAGUUGAUUACAUCACACAAGGCUCUGAGUUGUAAUUCCUGUAAAAUGUUUACUGCGCUCAUCUUUUAGCAUUUAGAUGUCUUUUUUUAUGGUUUACUGGUGCAGAAGUCAGGUGUUUAUCAGAUUGCAAUACUUUUGCGGCCUUUCAGAGCUGAUCUACUACAAAGGUUCAGAUCUGCAGCUACUUUGGUUUAAAGAUCAAUAACAUUUUUUGAAGAACAGGCAGGCACUUUUCCUUCUUUUUAUUGGCUAAAAAGAAUGAAAAUGCAUAGUUUUUUCAUUAGAUCGCCCAUUUUUCUUUAACUUGCCUCACUUUUACAAACCAGAUGUGUUAAUUUCAUAACAAAGAUGCAUUAUUUGGACAACAGUUACACUUCA